GUGGGGUUUUUAAAUUUAUGUAUAUAAGUAUCAGGCUCCUCUUAUUAUCGCAGUAACUUGUGAAAUUAAUUCAGUAUACUCUGCAAUACUUUAAUCGAAAAGAAAGACUAAAUUUUCAGUCCAUCAUAAUGAUGAAACUUUACUUAAUUGCACUUGUUGCAGCCAUACUUAUUCUAACUCCUUCAAAUGUAUCAUCUGCUGAUGACUUCCGCUACGAAUGUCACCCGACUUUUGUAAGGGUAUUCGUAAACCCCCAGCCAAUGCAGUCCGGAUCAAUUUCAAUAAAUGGCGUCCAUGAUCCAGCCUGUACAAAAGAGUAUGGACCUGGCCAGAAAGUUUCUUAUGACAUGAGUUUCGCUAAAUGUGCAGGUGGAUCCAAACAUAUGGCGCUUAUGUACAGUUCAGUAACAUCUAUAACCAUGGGUUCAUCAACUUCUACUUCAUCUUCAUCAACAACUAAAACAAUCUCGUGUUAAAACAAGCAGUGAUUAAAUUUUAUAAUAAUUAAAAUAUUAAGUAUUGUAAUUAUUAUAAAUAACUGAUGUAAGGCCAGCAGAUAAAUUUUUAAAAAACUGCUGAGGUAGUUGU